AUGGCGAGUGAACAACCACCUCCCCAAGGGCCUCCAGCCCAAGGGCAACCUCAAGGCGAACCACAGAUCACCUUUGGAGCGCCGCCGGGACAACCGCAGCCAACCCCGGAGCAAAUCGAGAUGAUGAGAAAGCAACUCUUCGCGGAGGCCGAAAAGAUGGGAAUGAGUGUUCCGGCAUAUAUUCAAAAGAUGAGAGAAGCGCAGAUGGCUCAACAACAAAUGGCUCAACAGCAACAGGCGCAGGCUCAAGCCCAGCAGCAGCAGCAACAGCAGCAACAGCAGCAUCAGCCUAUUCAACCCGGCCCUCCAAAGCCAGAGGCCCUAGCCGUCGCAAACUUCCUGAAAGGACAAGAUCUGAAGUUGCGGACAUGUAUCCUCAACGGCCAGCGCAAGGACAUGUUUAAAGUCAAACGUGCUCUUCGCGCUCUUGAAUCCCCAGCCUACGCCAAAGCCCGCUCCAAAAACCCCCUCCUCCCCGAAAUUACAGACCGCGCAUCCCUCGAGAACGCGUUUAAGCUCCUCCCCAUGUCUCUGCUCGCCCUCCGUGUCUCCAAGUCCGACCCUCAUGAAGGCCACAAUCACGCCCCAGGAGCCCACAAGACCAAGCGAGUCAAGGGUCUCUGGACCGUUAAGAUCGAGCAACAGCAAGAAUGCCGCGAGGACCUCCAUUUCGUCUGGCUCUAUGAUGGUGCGCAGGUUAAACAGAAACUGUACGCUGCCGGCGCGCUGGCUCUGGUGUUCACUAUUGUCAUGUUCCCGCUCUGGCCCAUGAAGCUCCGCCUUGGAGUCUGGUAUCUUAGUAUGGGCAUGCUGGGACUUAUAGGUCUGUUCUUCGUUAUGGCUAUCUUCCGGCUCAUUCUCUUCGCGAUCACUAUGUUUGCCGUUCCGCCUGGACUUUGGUUAUACCCGAACCUGUUUGAGGACGUGGGAUUCUUUGAUAGUUUCAGACCUCUUUGGGGCUGGCAAGAGGAGAAAAAGAAAGGCAAGAAGAAGACGAAGUCAACUGGCUCUGCAAAUGCAGGCGCAACCAUGGCUGCGUUUACAGGACAACCCGCUCCCGCUACAGCUACCACCUCCGGCGCAGCACCCCAAAUCCAGACUUCAAGCACUACCCAGCAAAGACAUAUGGCGCCCCGAGUUGAGGAGGUGUUCGAUGAGGAUUAG